CACAAUUCGCAUACCACUUCUACCCCGCCAACCCAAACAGACCCACUUCCCGAAAACGCAACCCGCACCUGCGCCUUCCACGCCCUUGGUACCUUACAUUCUAUGCACCGUGCCACACAGCUGCCACGACAACUGUAUCGACCCUUCAGUACGACAUCACGCAAAGCAAAAGGAAGAGUUGGGAGCAUGGCACCGAGAAGGUUCGCGCCGUUGGACCCGGCGAGGAGGAAGGAGAGCGAUGAGAGGCCGGUGUUGAAGGGGGUGGUGUUUGAUGUUGACGGGACGCUUUGCCUCCCGCAAAAUUACAUGUUCGCCGAGAUGCGCUCCGCCCUCGGCAUCACCAAAGAAACCGACAUCCUCGACCACGUCUACUCCCUCGCGCCCGCCGAGCAAGACGAAGCGCAAGGGAAGAUCCGCGCGAUAGAACGGAAUGCUAUGGCCUCGCAGCGCCCACAAGCCGGCCUCGUCCAGCUCAUGGACUACCUCGACUCGCGCUCGAUUAAAAAGGGGAUCUGCACUCGCAACUUCGACGCCCCCGUCGACCACCUACUCACCACCUUCCUGCCCAAGCACCUCUUCCACCCUAUCGUCACGCGUGAGUUCCGCCCACCAAAGCCGGAUCCUGCGGGCAUUUUGCAUAUCGCGAAGACGUGGAUGCAUGAGGAUGGAGGUGAGAGUCUAAUCAUGGUAGGUGACAGUGUAGAUGACAUGGUGGCGGGACGGAGGGCAGGGGCGGCAACAGUACUGUUGGAGAGCGAGGCCAACGGGCACUUGAAAGAGCAUGAGUGUACAGAUAUGGUUGUUGGUCAAUUGGACGAGUUGAUCAAGGCAUUGGAAGAAGGGUUUGAGGGGAGAAAUAUUGGGGGGGAGGAGGCGUGAGGAAGGUCAAGGCGAGGUGGUGGAAAGGUGUACAGAUUUAAUGAAAUGUCUCCCGAAAGAUGUCACAGUAGUUGAUAUGAGCUCUACUCGCU